CCACGGUUUUGUCAUUUCCGUGGCGUCAGUGAAGGCAGCAACAGGACCCAGGGUGUGUGCAGUCAGUCAAGCUGACAGAGGGAGACAGGGAGAGGGAAACACGGGGAACAUCUGUGCCUGGUUCAGCCGUGUCCGUCUUCGGUCUCCUCGGGUCUCUCUGCGGUGGUCGGACCGGAUCAUGGACCGGUCUCUGAGCUAGUUCCCGAGGAAAACACGGACCGAACCCCGGAGCUAAACCUGCAGGUGGAGCCUCCAUCAUCUUCCCCAUCAUCCCCGCCAGUUCCCCCCAGAGGAGCCCGAGCAGCGCAGCGAGGAUGCAGACCUUCCUGAGGGGCCGCCGGGUGGGCUACUGGCUCAGCGAGAAGAAGAUGAAGAAGCUGAACUUCCAGGCCUUCGCGGAUCUCUGCAGGAAAAGGGGAAUAGAAGUUGUGCAGCUGGACCUGAGCCAGCCUCUGGAGGACCAGGGUCCGCUGGACCUCAUCAUCCACAAACUGACCGACCUCAUCCUGGAAGCGGACCAGAACGAUUCACAAGCCGUGCUGCAGGUCCAGAGAGUACAGGAUUACAUUGACGCACACCCUGAGACCAUCGUCCUGGACCCUCUGCCCGCCAUCCGAACCCUGCUGGACCGCUGCAAGUCCUACCAGCUCGUCCACAGAAUAGAAAAGUGUAUGCAAGAUGAGAGGAUUUGCUCUCCUCCCUUCAUGGUCCUCAACACGGAGUGCACCCCGGACGUUCUGGAGCAGAUCAAGUUGCAGGGUCUCACAUUCCCCUUCAUUUGCAAAACUCGUGUGGCUCAUGGCACCAACUCCCAUGAGAUGGCCAUUAUCUUCAGUGAAGAGGACCUGAAGGACGUGAAGCCUCCGUGUGUGAUCCAGAGCUUCAUCAACCACAACGCGGUGCUGUACAAGGUGUUUGUGGUGGGGGACUCCUACACUGUGGUGGAGAGGCCCUCCCUGAAGAACUUCCCUGCUGGGCCUGCAGAAAGAAAAGCCAUUUUCUUCAACAGCCACAACGUCUCCAAGCCCGAGUCGUCUUCAGACCUGACCUCGAGGGAGAACGUGGAGGGCGUGUCCCAGCCGCCCAGCGAUGAUGUCAUCAGGGAGCUGUCCAGGUCGCUGCGGCAGGCGCUGGGCGUGUCCCUGUUCGGCAUCGAUGUCAUCAUCAACAACCAGACGGGUCAGCACGCGGUCAUUGACAUCAACGCGUUUCCCGGUUACGAAGGCGUUCCGGAGUUCUUCAACGACCUGCUGAGCCACAUCAGCGGCGUCCUGCAGAGCCAGAACCCGGACUUCGUUCCCGGUGGCGACCAGCCCAAAGGCCUGGUGGUGAGCGGCGGCGGCAGUGGUGGCGGCGCCGGCCCCCAGGCGCCGUGCUGCUGCUGCAGCAGCGUGCGCGGGAAGGAGCUGCAGAGACUCGGCUGCAACUCGGCCGUGUCGCCCAACUUCCAGCAGCACUGCGUCUCCACGAUAGCGACGAAGGCCUCCUCCCAGUGACUGAACCCGGCCCGGCCCGGCCCGCUUGAUUCCUAAACAAAUCACAGUGGUGACAGUAAUAAUAAUAAUAAUGAAGAUGAAUAAUAAUCUGAGUAACUAUGAUGUUAAUAAUGUAUCUAAUCAAAAAUAGGCCUUUUCCUCUGUGGUUACUGAAACUGUUGGUGAUUGGGUGUAAGCUUCUUUCCUCUCUGCCUUUUUGUACAUUUGGUUCUGUCCGAUGAGACUGUAUCAGUACUGUAAUGUGAACCUUUGGGAACCGAACGGCUGAGUUCAGUUUCGCUGUAAAGAAACGGUCCAGGCGUGGUAGCUAACGGCGGCUAACGGCCCGAUCCCGCCAAACGCUUAGACUGAAGCACAUCCGCAAUGCGACGGGUCGCGGUCCUGCGGGCCGCUGUCGGGUCAGAAGAAGGGAGUUCUUCUCAAAGUGCCAUGAAGUUAGUUUGAGAGACGAGUUGAACAUGCGUGAUCACGUGACCAAGUUUGGUGGCGUUUCUGCAGCUGUUUGGCUCCAGAUGUCGAUUCUCUGCGACCACAUUCCCCGUUUUCAUAUCUGCAGAGAAAUUCCAGGAUGAUUUCCGAUAUUCCAGUGGAUUGUCUCCUUAAACGAGCGUGUCACUUUAAAACGAUAAACUAAAACAUCCAGGAUUUUCAAAGUGUGAGAUGCCUGAGCUCCUCAGAAACAUAUCCAUAAACAUUUAGCCAACUUCACCAAGCCUGUUCUAAAUAUUUAGUAUCUAAAUCAGUUUGGUUUCUGGUGAUUAUUUGAAGUUUGGAUUUUCAUGAGUUGGAUGUUAAGAUGCUCUACUAUGGGGCAAUAAUUGAGUUAUUUAGCCAUGAGAGCCACAAAUUUAAAUCAUAUUUUCUCCGUAUUACCCAUGAAUUUAUAAAUGUCAGUUUCAAACUAAAUAUUAAGUUAGCUGCUAAAUAUUUAGCUUCAAUUAAAUGUUUACUUUGCCAUCUUAAUAUUUACUCAAAGCAAAUACUUAGUUUGCAAAUUAGAUAUUUAGCUACAAUCUAAAUAUCUAGAUAUUUAGCUAGCAAGCUGGAUAUUUAACUUCAAACUAAAUAUUUAGCUUUAAGCAAAAUAUCUGGUUUGAAGCAAAAUAUUUAACUUAAAGCUAAAUAUUUAGUUUGAGAGAGAAAAUGAACUGGUUAAGUGGUGCUGGAAGACUUUCCCAGCUUCCCAGCUGUAGUUUUAAAAAUGAAUGAUGCUUAGUAUUGGUUCAAACUAAAUAUUUAAAUUGAACUAAAUCUAAAUAUUUAGUUAGCAAGUGAAAGAUUUAGCUUUAAUCUGAAUAUUUAGUGUGAAGCUACAUAUUAAGAUUGAAACUAAAUGUUUAACAAGCUAAACAUUUAGCUUAAAACAAAUAUUUAGGUAUUUGCCUUCACAUUAAAUAUUUAUAUGAAAAGCUAAAUGUUUAGCUUUUAUUUGCCAAGCUAAAAAUUGAGUGUGAAACAAAAUGUUUUGUUAGGGAAUCUAAAUAUUUAGUUAGCCAGCUAAAUAUUUCACUUCAAACUAAAUACUUAAUUUGAAACUAGAUAUUUAGCUUCAGCCAAAAGUAUUUUGGUAUUUAAGCAGGUAAAUCACAUCCAGGAACUUCAACAGAUUUUCAGAAAUCGAUAAAAUGUAGGACAGUUUUCUAUUUGCCCUCUCGCACUUUGAAAACUUCUGGUCUGGAUGAUUUAAGGAGGAAUCCGUUUUCCUGUCGCUCAUCCUCUCCUGCAGAACUCCUGUCCGCCGCUUCGCUGAGCUCGGUUCUGACCCGGUUCCUCUUCCAGCUGCUGUAUCCGUGUGAAGGGAGGAGGUCCAGCUCUUGUUCCCAGUGUUCACUGUGAUUUUUUUUUUUUUUUUACUCCGGUUUGUUUAUACUUUUGUCUUGACAUCUAAUGAGAGUAACUUUAUUUUAUUGAGAUUUUAUGGGAAAAUGUUUUAUAUAAAUAAACUGAGAGCAGUGAUGUUUUUGAGCAUAUUUUACAGUAAAAUGGCUCGCAUGUUGAUGAUCAAAUCAAACCAGAACCGCGGUUCAGUCUGUAAAUGAUUGCACUCCUCUGAGCCUGAAUCCUGGAGAUCAUUCCUCCCAUUUUCUUUUCCACUUAAUUGUCUCUGCAGCUUCCUGAUCAGCAUCUCUCUGGGCCAGAACCUUUAAAUCCAUACCGGUGAUCCGAACUACAGCGGAGUCAGGAGAAUCUAACGCUUCCCUGUACUUCCUGUUCUUCACGGUGAAAAUAAUUUGCAGCCCAGACUGUUUCCUGCUCCCCGCUUCACCUCAAUGUUUACUUCUUGGGUGUCUUGUAUAAUGUUUAUAUGCGCCGAGGCUUAAUUCCAUAUAGUAUGUUUUGUAAGAGUUCUGUAAUUAAGAUCCACAAUUUUGACCUUUUUUUAAUUAAAGGGCCAGUUCAACAGGCAAAAAUAAACAUGUGAAACCUC